AUGACAGCUGUUACGUUAUCCACUGAUAGUAACGAGUCUGUGGGUACGGGAAUGAACUCUACCCGGGAAUUGAGCCACGGCACUUUAACGGUGGAGUCAAUGGAUGCUUCGCCGAAAUUCAAGAAGAGAAUGAAACGAUUCACUAGGAGAGAUAUCGUGAACGAGUUCAGUCGAAACACAAGAUGCCAUGGGCUACCGCGAAUCAUUAGUGCCAAAACGCUACCGAGCCGGUUCGUCUGGUCGCUCGUUUUCUUCGCAGCACUGGGCGCAUUUGUAUUCCAGGCAACAAAAUUGAUCAAACUCUAUCUGAACUACGACGUAACGGUGACGAUUGAAGACGAGACAAUAGCAAGUCUGAUGUUUCCCGCUAUAACAAUCUGUAAUACCAACAAAUUACGUUUUUCGGAAAUAGAAAAAAGUGAGCAUGCAGUGUUAUUGAGAACUGAUCCAAAUCAUCCUAAUAGUUUACACCGGUCUCUAUCAUACCAAGGUCCUUGUCUCAAGGGAGAUUUUGAGUGUUCUGAUGGUAUCCAUUGCAUCAAACCUCACUUACACUGUGACGGAUACAUCCACUGUUGGGAUGGUCUGAGUGAUGAAGUAAACUGUACAUAUCCGCCAUGUGGACGAGAUCAAUUUAAAUGUAACGGACCUGGCUACUAUGGGAUCUGUAUUGAUAGCGAUAAACGAUGUGACGGAUUACCUCAUUGUUUGAGCGGCGAAGACGAGGCUUAUUGUAACGAAUGCAAGAGUGGUUUUAAAUGUGAUGACAACGAUGACGGGCAGGGCGGAAAAUGUGUACAAGAAGAGCAACGGUGUGAUCGAUUCGAAGAUUGCAAAGAUGGUCAGGACGAAUCUAAAUGUGAUAGUGUGUACGCUGAUCCCUGUGAUAAAAACCUAUCUGCAACAUCCAUGCAAGAGAACCUUUAUUCACCUCUAUAUCCCAAGGCAUAUCCAGUGGAAAAAAUUUGCACAGUCACAAUCAUCGCUCCUCCUAACAAAAGUAUUUUGAUAACGUUCCUAGUGUUUGACAUUGAGCACAAUAGUUUUUGCGAUUACGAUUAUCUAAAGAUACAGGAUAAUAUGAACUCUGAUCUUAACGUCAAACUGUGUGGGGGACUAAGACCGCCACCCUGGAUUUCCUCUUCUAAUGUUGUUACUGUGACGUUCCGAAGCGAUACAGAGUAUACUGCCCGAGGUUUUCACUUGGUUUAUGAGGCAGUUAAUAGUACGCAAUACACGAUGCGCUGGGAAGUAGGACCCUGGUCUAACUGUUCAAAACGUUGUGGCGGAGGUGUACAAACUAGGGCUGUGAUGUGUAAUGGGGCAUCCCAAACAGGAGAAGUUACUAAUUUGGACGAGUGUAAAGCCAUUGGUUCAAGACCAGUAUCGACUAAAGUAUGUAAGCAGGAAGUAUGUGAGUCCACCUGUCAAAGUAGACUAACCCACUGCUGUCAAGUAAUACAAUCGAAAGGAUACCCAGAUCAAUACACUAAUGGACAGAAUUGUUAUACCAAUAUUAUUAACGAAGGCGGCUGUAUCAACAUCACUUUCUCCGACUUUCCCUUGGAACAAGGUGGAUCAUGUGGUGAUUUUGUCGAGCUUUCUGAUCAUAACAAACCAACAUUGUAUCGAAGGAUUUGUGACAUGGAAACUGGCGACAGUAAUCCAACCUGGGGGUCUUUUUCUGGUAAUGUUAGCGUAACAUAUCGCAGCAAUGGAGAACAACGUGCUCGAGGCUUUAGUGCUGUGUAUCAUUUCCUGCCCUGUGGAUUGUGGCAUGUAUCAGCAUGGAGUAAGUGCAACGUAACAUAUGGCGUUGGUAGAAGAUACCGUAGAGUGGAGUGUCGUAGCCGCGCCACAAAUGAGUUCAUUGAAAAUUCAUUCUGUGAAGGUCUCAAGCCAGCAACUGAGGCAAAAUGUACCAUGCCAACUACACUGCGUGCGUCCCCAAUUAAAGAUAUUGUGAAUAUACAUUCUCUGCAAGAAAGGUAUCAAGAACUUACGCAAGACACUCGUUUAUUCGACGAAUUUCGUGUAAACUACUACCAAGGAAAUCAUUUCUACCAAAGCGACCUGGCAAACAAUGACACCCCUGAUUGGAAGCGUUAUCUCACUUACAGCUCAUCCACAGACUAUAGCGAUCUCCGUGAUGUAUUGACACUAAAUAUGUCCGACGUCUUCAAAUAUGGUCACCAAUUCGAGGAUUUUGUGUUGCAGUGUGCCUUCAAUGAAAAUAAAUGUGACCAAAGUGACUUCUCCACUUUCCAAAAUGAUAGGUAUGGCAACUGUUUCACGUUCAACAACGUCAGAAAUGACGCCCUCACACGUCGAGCUGACAAAAUGGGUUCUCAAUAUGGAUUGAAACUUACGUUGUACAUUGAGCAGGACGAGUAUAUACCCUUAUAUGGUCAGGAAGCCGGCGUACGUAUACUGGUGCACCCUUCUGAUAUUACACCUUUCCCGGAAGAUGAUGGUAUAACAGUUGCACCGGGGCGGAAGGCAUCAAUUGCCUUGAGAGAGGAAUUACAUUCUUCUGUUGCCCACCCAUACAGUAAUUGUGAGAAUAAUCCUCAGAUUGAUUCCAUAUUCGGUAGCCAAUACAACUAUUCUGUACAGGCGUGUCGAAAAACAUAUCUACAUCAGAAAAUCCAACAGAAGUGCAAUUGCCGAGACACACUGUGGCUGAGUAAAGAUCGACCGGCAUGUAAAAUAACUAACACUGCUCAAGAAGUGUGCCGGCGAUUGAUUAACUUCCUCGAUAGAAGAGGAGUUUUUGAAAACAACUGUAAAGAACCAUGUCGGAAAACAACCUUCAAAAAGACAGUGUCCCAAUCAAUGUGGCCUUCUAACAAACACCUGGGUGGUCUUCUCAAAGUAUUACGGCCGAUCAAUACCAAAAUUCGGGAUAAAGUAGUUGAUGAAAAAAGUGCCAGGGACAAUUUGGUUCUUAUUGAAGUCUUUUUUGAAGUACCUAAUUACCGGAGUAUUUUGAAUACACCAGCGUAUACGGUUGAUCAGCUAUUUGCCGAUAUUGGCGGUCUGAUGGGACUAUACGUGGGCAUUUCGCUCAUAACAGUAGUGGAGUUCAUCGAAUUGGUUUAUAAUUUGUACAACUAUUUUAGCUUGAACAGAGAGGAAAAACUAGCAAAACGGGCAAAGAAAAUGGAAAGCAAGAAUAUGAAUCACAAAUACGAUCCAAUACCGUGCAACCUGCCGCAGUCUAUGAUAGGAACGAGUGUUUGAAUAUGCUCCG